AAUACUACAUGUCAUUUAAACUUGCUAUUAUUUACAUUAAAUAUAAUCAUUUUAUUAUUUGUUAAAGGCAAAAAGUCAUUUGAAAAUAUGGAGAAGCGGUACAAGUUGGUUAAUUUAGAUAGACCUGACCGACUUGAAUUACGAAUGCACGAUUUUCAUGCCAGCGAUGUACCUCGAGGUUGUGCACCUUAUAGCCUGGAUGUACUUGCCGACAGUCAGCAAAGGAAACUAAACAAACUAAAAGUAAACAUUGUCAGAGAAAAUCAGAAGUACUUGGCAAUUCAUCCUGAGGUUAGAGCACUGGUUGCCCUCCUGCUACGUUACAUUUUUGCCAAAUUUCCCCAUUUUCACAUCCACAGAUCGAUUACAGAUUUCUUUUCACAGUCCAGGGCAGAAAUUGAGAACGCUGUUACCGAAUAUCUUUUAGAAAAG